AUGCCUCCAACCAAUAUUCGAACUCUUUCAUCCAACAAUAAUUCAUCACCGUCUUCGGAUACACAAAAAUCAUUUCCCGCCACAGGUGGAAGAACACUCAGAGUUUCAUCCUCAUCUACUAAUGAAGAUAAUAGUACUGAUAGAAUUGGAGCAUCUUCUUCAUCAUCAACAGAUGUAAAAAAGGCACCUUUGAAUAAUAAUAAUAAUAAUAUAAUUAUUAAACGUGAUGAUGGUAUGGAAAAUAUUCCGAGAGAAUUUACUCCACAAAAGUUUAUACCACCUCCAAGAUUUGAUACAAACAAAACUCGGAGUAAUCCAUCUUCAUCAUCAAACAACAUGUUUGUUCGUCGUUAUGUUCUUGUCCAAAAACAAGUUCUAGUAAUGGAAAGAAGAAUUCAUGUGAUACACCAAUUUUCAAUCAACAAACAGUGA